AUGUCGAGCCAGCCCCGUGUGCACCGCUCUGCCGCCGCACGUCCGUCAGACAGCGAAAAGGAGGUCUCUGCCUGGCCUGCACAACUGUACGAUCGCUAUUAUUCUGAACCAAAUAAGACAGAUACUAAGCAGAUGAAGGACUCGGAGUAUCCUUACGAAUACGGCGUGCAGGAGCCUCGAUCCGAGUCGAGUCGAUCAGAUGUCUGGAAUGCAUUGGAGGUCCACAACGCACAACGUGCGGAUAGCCGGCUGACGUGCAAGAAAAGGCCGUGUCGUUUAGUCGGACCGUGUGGCAACUGGAAGCCAGCUGCCUUGCUCAUUAUUGACAUGUGCGUGGCAGUCAAUCUCCGGAGUACAGCGAACCAAAGUUAA